AUUGAAAAGUGAUUUUGUUUUACACGACUUAAAUACAUGCUUAGUUCAUUGGGGCAGUUACAAAAAUGUGGAUAAUUUAAGUGUAAUCAGUGCUUUAAUAUCAUUUGACAUUUACUGAAUUUGAUCUACUUGACUUAAAGCUUUUGGGAUUUUGGUAUUGCAGGUUGUGAGUUUGUUUCAUUCCUUUGGACUUUAAUUGUAAGGAGAAUGUUAACACUUUUGUAAAGAAAGUUUAUUUGAAGACUUGUGUAAUUAAAAGUGUUAAACAGGUUCUAAUCUACGAUUAUUUCAGCAACAAUGUAUCAUCACUUCUUUGACAGGAGAGGAGACCUCUUGGACCAGUUUCCAACACGAGAAAACGGUGAAAUGUAUUACGGUUCACAGAUGCAACUUAGUCCUGAACGGACGUCCCUGAAUUCAUUAAAGGGAGGCAAUCCACAAGAUUCUAUGCUUUCUUUGUUUCCUGAUGACGACAGUGGUUUUAACUCAACAUUUAGAUCAAAAAGCAGAUCAGGAUUGUAUUUAUCUGACGAUUACAACAUAUCUCCGAGAAUGAGCCGUUCACGUUCCAUGACACGUAUUCCCAUGACAAGCUCCCAAGACCUUGACCCUAUCCUGUCACAGUCAUUGAGGACGCGACCUUUCGAGCACUCGUUGCGGCACUUGAAGGAUAAUUUAGAUGACAGUGAAAACAGAAGAGUUGUGCUAGUGCACAAAUUGAAAGAAGCACAGGAAACAUUAGAGUUACAAAAUGACAGAUUAAACAGAAUAGAAGGAACUGCCAAAACCAACUCAGUACUUGUAGAUGAUUUAAAAUACAAAGAAAAGGAAUAUCGAGAUAAAAUCAACCAGUUAGAAAAGUCAGAGGAUGAUAAAUCCUAUCUGAAGUACGAGAAUGAUAGGUUAAGAGAUGAAAUGCAAAACAGGAUAGACAAGCUGGAUUUUGCUUUAAGAUCAUUACAAGCACAGCACCAGGUGUCUGAGACAGAAAAUAUCAAACGAAGCAACCUCCUUGAACAGUCCACAACAGCAUUAUCACUGCUAGAAAAUGAAAAUACUAAACUCAAAAAGGAUAAAGAUACACUACGACAAGAACUUCUGGUUGCUAAGGAAGCUCUGGAGUUGGCAAGGGAGAAGUAUGGACCAAUGGAGGGAGAAAACAGAAACAUUAAACAUGAGAUGGAAAGAAUCAAAGAGACAUUCCUAGAAAUGAAAGAGGAAAAUGACAGAUUAUCCCACAAAGCACAGUCCUCUACCAGUAAACUGAAUGAACUUAAGGAUCUCACAGAGUCUAUGAGAGAGGAGAAUGAAAAACUGGCCAGCUCCUGGAAACAGCUAGCAGAGGAAAAACAAAAACUUGUACGUGAAAUUGACAAUAAUCAAGAAAAUCACAGAGACGCACGUGCACGUGUUACAAACCUUGCAACAGAGCGAGAUCGACUGUUCAAUGAGAAAAUGGAACUGACAAGUAAAACACAGCAGCUAAUGAUUGACAAGGAGCAAGUUGAAAAGGCAUGGCGAAUAUUGAUGGAGAAAAAAGAUCUUGCUGAAAAGACCAAGAUAGCCCUUGAAGAGCAGAUAGCAGAGCAAGAAGAAGAAUUGGCAAGAAUCAGAAAAGGUGUGAAACGGAAAGACGAGGAGCGGCGAUUACUGGAGGAAACUUUGCAUGAUUCUAAAAAUAACUAUGAUGACCUAUACAAAGAGUUAAGCAAUGUACGAGCAUACUAUGAGCGGUCUUUAGAACAAAUCAGUGUACUGGAGAACAACAAACAUUGGCCUAAAACAGUUAGAACUGGGUCGUAUGUCAAAGGACAAGGUUACAGUGACCUUCAGAUUGAAACUGAUUGGCUGGCUGAAGGAAAAUCUCGUGAUUUGAAAAAUGAAAGACAACAAUUGGAGGAAGCCGUCCUUGACCUCAAGGUUAUACAGACGAUUGCACAAUUACAGGAUGAUCUACGUCAGAUGAAACAAGAUAAGUCAAAAUCAGAGGACAAAAUACAGGAGCUUGAAAUUAAAUUACAAAAGGCGAACGAUGAUCUGAAGGAAAUGGCAAGUUUAAAGCAAGGUGAAAUUGACACAUUGAAAUCAACAUGUGACCGUCUGUCUGCGGGAACAACAAAGAAAGAAACAGAAUUACAGUUAAUGUCAGAAAAGGUUCAACAGGUGGAAUUGCAGAAUGACCGACUGAGAGAUGAGCUGAGAAGUUACAAGGAAGAGUGUGAGCAACUCUCGGAUCAAGUCGAGGAUAUAAAAAAACUUAAAGAUGAAAAUCGUCGUCUGCUGCAAGAAAAGGCGGAGAACGAGCAAGUGAUCAAGCUUCUGGAGACACAGAAAGAAGUGCUGUCUAAAAGUGCUGAUUCCAGUAUGGAGAAACUUAAAGAUAUUGACAAACUAACAGACAAGAUAGAACAAUAUAGGAGUGACAAUGAACAUCUCAGGAGUAGGAUAGCAGAGCUUGAAAAAGUGCGAGACAAUCUGAUAGCCCAGAAAGAGGAACUUCUUGCUAACAGUGAGUUAAUCUACAAGAAACCACAGUUAGAGGAACUUGAAGCUAAGAUUGAUGAGUUACGAGAUGCCAACAAGCAACUAAGGGAGAUAAAUGAACAGGUCAAUGAGAAGGCAGAGGUCUUACAGCAGGAGAAUGCCACGCUGAAAGAUGCAGUGGGUGGUGAUGGUUCAGUUGUUCCGAGAGUAGAACUUGAAAGGCUCACAAGGGAGAAAGAACGAAUGCAGAGUGAGUAUGAUCAUCUAAAACAGGAGCACGAGAAUCUCGAGGAACGCCAUCAGAGAUUUAUCAUACAAUACGGUCAUGAAGGUUCGGAAACAAGGAAAGACAAAGAUAUCAUAGCUGGAUUAAACAUGGAGAAAGAAGCUUUAGAAAAGACAGUUGCACUCAUUAAUGGUCAGAUGUUACUGGUAGAGGGAGGUAAAAAACGACUUGAUGAUGUGGUUGAUGAUCUUCAGACAGAGAUUGUCUCCCUUAGACAACAGCUUGAAGAGGCUGAGAAAAAGAUUGCUGAAUAUGUUAAAAAGGAGACCGAGGAUAACAAAAUCCACAGUCAACAACAUUUGUUGCAACCGCACUUGCCGUUUUUUCCAACAAUGCGGGUCAGGCAUCAGCCAGAGGUAGAAGCUCUUCAGGAAGAAAUAAAUAUACUGAAUGAGCAGCUUGAUGAAUCAAAAUAUGAGCAAGAUAAACAGAGAAGGCUUAUACAAACACUGAAAGAUGACAUUGAAGAAGAAAGAAAUAAAAAACCAACUCAGAUUAGAGAGUCAUUGGAUGAUGUAGGUACAGAGUUACGGGACAUGAGAGACGAGCUUCACAAAUUGAUGGGAGUGAUAGAGAGUAAAGACCAUGCCAUAGAAACUCUAGAAAAUCAACUGAGGACCUCCAAGGGAGAAAUUCAAAUGAAGGCACAGGCAAUGUCUGACCUUCAGGUGCUAGUUAGUGAUCUUGAGCAGAAGAACGAGGAGUUACGACAUAGUGUUGACGGUGUACGACAUAGCGUUGAGGAGAAGUUGCUCUCACCAAGACGUACCAGUCCAAGUCCACCUCGGAAAUCUAGGUCACCAAGUUCUAGAGGGUCAAGGAUUCCAAGGAAAGUGGAGGACGGCAGUAAGGAUCAUCAGUCAGGAGGCGUAUCAAGUGUAUUUAUAGGGAGAUCACGAAGUCAGGAUAGGGGGAGUGACAUUAUUAAACGACUGCAACCUGCAGAGUCGUUGUUUAAACGUGAGUCUCGGUCAUUAACUAAAACCUCGACCGAGUCUGACACCUCAGAAGGUAUUGAAGUAGUUCCUGGGAAUUAUGGAUCUAAAUUUAUCUCUAAACAAAUCAAGCGGAGCCAAAGUGAAAAAGGUGGCGAUAGGUUACAGAGUCUAAUUUCAAAGUACCGUGGAUACAGCGAUGCAGGGAGCCAGCCAGAAAGGAAAAUAAAACCACUCUCAAUUUCACCUAGUAGUAAAAUGGGAUUAGUCACAAAGGGGAGAAGUUUUGGGCCAGCAGCCCCUAAAACAGAUAAAGAGGUGAGUGGUGAGGACACUGAGUCACGUGUGCAAGAAUCUCACUUUCCUUUUACCUCAUCACAUUUAGCAAAUUCUGAAUCUUACGCUCAAAAAAAUAGUCCUGUUUUGCAAGAUAGUAGUGCCAAAGAUAUUGAGGUGCCAAUUGAGAGAGUUGAAGCUGCUGGACAAACUGAAAUGGAGGGUGGAUUGGAAGGGGGCCGGAAUGGGGAGACAGGCACAGAGGGACAGGAAGAAGCUGAAAUGGAAACGGACGAUGACGAUGAUGAAGAGGAUGAGGAAGAAUCAGAUUCUGAACAAAAAGACAUAGAUAGACUCAUUGACAGUUGCUAUAGAACUCACUUAGCAUUUCUAAAGAAACUCAAGAAGCGUGGAUUCAAGGGGCCUAAGGGAGGUAAGAACGGUGGAUGGCUGAAAGUGACUUUUGCAGACCAAAGUGCCUCUCACCCCAAACCGAUCCUGUCUGUUAGUCCACCAAAAAUCACAAGUACACUAAAGCGCUCAAAAUGUGAUCGAAACCAGUUAUCACCUUCUUGACAGUUUAUUGGAGUAUCAAUUAAACCAAUCAGAGCAUUCGUGUAAUGCUACCUGACACACCAGCCAAUCAAAUUAUGGAGCAUCUUUUCAGCCAAUCAGAUUACUGUUUCAGGACUCCUCAUAUGGUUACAGUCUAUGUUAUUUGACAUAUGAUUGACAGUUUAACCAGUCCAAAUUUGGUCUUCUUUAAAUAGUGAAAUGGAUCAUGAAUACGAAGUUGUUUACUUCUCAAAGAUUAAAUGCUGAUUCAUAUUUUACUGAUAAGCAUAUUUGAAAUUUUGAAUUGUACCAGAUAUUGUUGUGAUUUCAAAGUAGAAAAUCUUUUGAAAAUAUAACCUUAUAUUAAUAAGGUGACAUUUUAAUAGCCUAUCUGAAAUUAAAACCAGAACCAAUUGCUUAAAAUGUUCAUUGGGAAAUGUCACUGGUUAACUUUAACAAUUUUCUGUUUAAUAUUCCAAUCCUGGAAAUGAAAAUUGUCUGUUAGAAUUUUUGCGUUUUACUGAUACGUAACUUAUAUAUAAACAAUUUUUUUUUUUCAAAAGAUUUUCCUUUUUGUUAAAAAUUAAUGGAACAUAAAUUAAAUUUUAUUGUGGACCUAAUAAUUCAGACAUGUAAAAUGACUGGUCAGUAGUAAGAUUUUUGAUUGAUAACAAAAGACAAUAUAUGAAUAUGCAAAUUAUUCGGAGAGAUCAGAGCAUUCUGUGAUAAAUUUACUUAGUAAGUGUGAUACAUGCUGUGAGUCUGAAAAUAUACUGGAAGUGGAAAUUUAAUGACACAAACACUGCAUGAACAGUAAGCCCCUUGAAGCUAAAUUUGGUGUCGGUGCUUAUCCAUUAUAAAGGGAGGUAAUCGUAAAGGUCGAACUAGAAGUAUUUAGAAAAAUCCAUGAAUAAAAGCAGUAUUGUUUUGAAAAGAGCUGAUUUUAUGAGUUUUAGAUUUUUAACUGCAAAAAAACUUAAUUAACUAGUUCAAAGGUAUUUUUAGACACAACAGUAAAUUAUGCAAGUACCCGUAAGUUUAAGAAAUGGCGUCAUAUUUUCAUUAAAUAUGUUUUGUAAUAUUUUCAGACUUACAGUAUUUUUUAUAUAAUAAUUAUGUGAUAUUUUAUUUUUAUAUCUUCAUAUAGAUGUUUGUUACUAGGAUCUAUUUUAUUUCUGAAAUUCCUACAAAAUGUUUUAGGUUACAGAUAAAAAAAAAGAUAAGGCUAGCUUAAAAUAAUACAGAGAACAAAGUAAUUUAAUACCUUAAGAAAUUAUAAAAAAGUUGUUACGGUAUUUUCAUCAUUGUUUUCAUGGUAUCAGAAGGAUUUUGCAAGAUAAUCACUUUUUGUGACCUACCCUCCCAUUUUUGGGGUACGGGCACUUAGAUUUGCCCUUGUCCAUAUGUCUGCCCAUCCGUCUGUCUGUCCAAAUUUGUGUCAUGUAUAUCUCGUGAAGUUUUGUCCUGGAAUCAUCAAACUUAACGUGUUAUUCAGCAGCUCAUGUUUUGCACUUGGUGUUUUAAUUGGGAUUUCUCACAUCCAGACAAGAGUUGCAUACAGAGGCACACAUCUACAUGUAGUUUAAACUGCCUUUGAUAAUAUCAGAAAUUUUUCUUAUUGUUCUCUUAUAACAUGUUACAAAUCACAUGUACCAGAAAAUAAUUUUUGUGGCAUCAUUUGAAUUAAAUUUGGAAAUGUUUUCAAUAUUCUGAGUUUAACAUUUAUUUUGUCGCAGUUUCUUCAAUGACUGAUCCCUAUUUAUAUUGCCAUACAAAAACUGUUCAUAUUUUAUUUUUGAAAGUAGUCUUGUUUGUUUUUUUUAUAGUCAUUAGAAAAACUGUUAGUAUAAAACUAAUUAUACAAUAGUUUUUUUACAACUCCACCAUUAUUUAUACAGUAUUUAUUUAUUUUUUGUCUUUGUAUGUCUUUAUUUUCACCAGUGUUGUGUAAAAGCAUUUUAGAAGGUUAUUUUAAUAAAAAUAUAUAUUUAUUUUA